AUGCUUCUCUACGUUUUCGCACUGAUACCCCUCUACGUGCUCGUAUGGGGGCCUCUUUCUCAAAUCAUCUAUGGUCGUCAAUCUGCUCUUCAUGAACCUCUCAAUUUGAACUCUUCACUCAUCGCAAGUGAUGAACCCCUAUUUUGUCCGGAAGAUAGUUAUAAAACGUUUAUUAUUAGUCGAGAACCACUUAUGAUAUAUAUUGAGGGAUUUUUGAAGGCGAAUGAGAGUAAACAUUUGGUGGAUGUUAGUGAACCGCUCUAUAAACCGUCUACCGUUUCUCAUGGUCAGGAAGUUACGGUUGAUACUUCGGUGCGAAAUUCUGAAGUAGCAGUACUAGAGAGAGAUGAGGUGGUUAGGUGUAUUGAGCAUAGAGCGAGAGCAUUCCAGGGGUGGAGGGGUGAGAUGGGGAUCGAGAAGUUGAGGACGCAGAGGUAUGGGGUUGGGGGUCAUUAUGGGAUGCAUUUCGAUUGGAGCGGAGGCAAACGUGGCAUAGACCGAAUAAGUACUUUCAUGGUCUACGUCGAUGUAUCCUCUGAUAUCAAAGGUGGAGGAACGGAAUUCCCACGUAUCGUGGGACCAACAGGAGGAAGGUGGGAGGAGUUCCUCGAUACUACCGAAGCGUUAGAUCCGAGAAGUGGAAAAAAUGUAACAGUAGAAGGAGUGAUAUUCAAACCUAUCAAGGGAAAUGCCGUAUUCUGGGAAAAUACUGACAGGAAUGGAAGGGGAUAUGAGGAAACAUGGCAUGCUGGUCUACCGGUAGAAAAGGGCUCGAAAGUGGGGUUGAAUAUUUGGAGUUAUGGGAGAACCAUUAGAUGA